AUCUUAUCGAUUAAAUGUUAGAUAUUUUUAUUGGGGUCAAUUGAUGAACUAUCGAUUAAAUGCGCAAAUAGGUCAGUUGAUGAACUAUCGAUUAAAUGCGCAAAUAGGUCAAUUAAUGAACUCAUUGAUUAAUGUUUAAAAAUUUUCUAUGACAAUAUCGAUUGUAAAUAGUUGUAUAAAUACGCUUGACUUGUAUGCUUGAUCAGAUCUGCCUGCCUGACUUGGUAUCUGCUGUUGCUUGAAGAAUACACUUUCUACGCCUUACCAAGACUUCUUGAUCGAGUUAGCUGAGUCGAAGACAACGAACCAGAAUAGUCUAUUGAGUCUCUGAAUCCUGAGCCUUCGUUCCGUUCCGAAUAAGUCGAAUCAGUAGUAUCCUCAAGGUUAACGAACCUAACAAUUUGGCGACGGUGGUUUUGGAAACAUGGAUCCUUCAAAACUUGAAUUAUUACUCGAGCAGCAGAUGAAACUUAUUCAGAUGUUAGCAGAUGCAAAGCUUACGUCUAGUACUCAACCAAGCAGUUCUAAUCCUACUGCUACUGCACCAUCAAUUGAUGGUAUCGCUAACAGUAUCUCCGAGUUUCAUUACGAUCCAGAAUCCAAUGUCACGUUUGAUAUGUGGUUUCGACGUUACGAAGACUUAUUCAAAUUCGACUUUGCUAAUCAGGAUGAUGCUUGGAAGGUCCGCUUGCUGCUUCGAAAGUUGGGUCCUAAUGAACUAGACAGGUAUUGCAACCUAAUUCUGCCUCUAAACCCACGCGAUUGCUCAUUCUCGGACACUGUCCAGUCAUUGAGCCAACAAUUCGGAGACAACUCCUCACUAUUCAAUGCGCGUUAUCGAUGUCUGAAGCUCACUAUGAACGAAGAUGCUGAUUUUCUCACACAUGUGGGUAUCGUUAACCGAGAAUGUGAACGCUUCCGGUUGAAGUCGCUUACAGAAGACCAAUUUAAAGCACUCAUUCUCAUCUGCAGCCUUCAAUCACAGAAGUUCAGUGAAAUUAGAACACGUUUGCUAAGUCGAUUGGACCAAGACCCAAAACUAACUCUUAAUGAUAUUGCAAACGAAUAUCAACGCCUAAUCAAUCUACAGCGUGAUACUACAAUGGUCCAGCGUGGUGGUUCAGAUCGUACCGAAGUUCAUGUAGUCCAACAACCACGCAACUCGCAUAAAUAUGCCCCAGCGACAUCUAGUUCAAGUCAAAAGACAAAAGCAAAUCCUCCUGCCCCAUGCUGGCACUGCGGUGCAUGGCAUUUUGUUCGAUACUGUCCAUAUAAGCAACAUCGGUGCAGGAAAUGUAACACGGUGGGUCAUAAAGAUGGUUUUUGUCGAAAAAAGAAGCCAAGCAACUCCAAAGGUACCAGGAAGCCUACGCCUAGAUCCAACACGAAUUCGUUGAGUCUAAUAGCAAGCUGUGAAAACUCAACCCCAGUUGAGAGGAAAUUUAUUACCCUUAAUAUUAAUGGGCACCCGUUUAGAUUGCAAAUAGACACUGCAUCUGAUGUAACAAUUCUCUCACGAAAAUAUUGGAUCAGAAUGGGAAGACCACGCCUGGUGCCAACAACACAAAAACCGCGAACCGCAUGUGGUAAUUACCUACGUUUGUUGGGACAACUAGAUUGUAAAGUGUCUUUUCACGAUUCGACGUUUACCGGUGUAUGUUACAUUACACCAUCUGAUCUUAAUCUACUUGGAUUAGACUGGUUUGACCAGUUAUCUUUAGCUGACGUUCCUUUAAGCACCGUAUGCCAAAUGAUGAAACAAUCUCAUGAAGCUGAAGCAUAUUCGAAGGAACUACUGACGGAGUUGUCAACCAGCGAACACCAUACGGCCGGCGAAGAUGCAGUUAGUGCCUCCCUAAUGACAGAGGACCGCGCGCACUGCUACCUGACAACUGCUAUUCGUGCUUUGCCAGUCUCAGCAGCUGAAAUACAAUCUGCAUCCAAGAACAACUCCAUCAUAAAGAGAGCGAUGAAAUACGUCACUAAUGGCUGGCCGCCGACUGGACUCGAUGGUGACUUGAAACAGCUUUACCACCGUCGGGACUCAUUAUGCAUCGUAAACGAAUGUUUGAUGUUUGGAGAUAGAGUAGUGGUGCCCGAAUCCCUAAGAUCAAAGGUGCUAAAGCAAUUCUACACUGGUCAUCCUGGUAUAAAACGAAUGAAAUCCAUCGCCAGAAGCUAUGCUUAUUGGCCCCUCAUGGACCAACAUAUCGUGGAUUUAGUAAGCAAGUGCACACAAUGUCAGCAAGCAGCUAAGUGUAACGCGAAAAUACUACCAGUCUCAUGGCCACAGCCUGAGUAUCCCUGGUCCAGGAUACAUGUCGAUUUCGCAGGCCCAAUUAAUGGAAUCACCUAUCUAGUCGUUGUUGACGCCUUUUCGAAAUGGCCAGAAAUCGUCCCCGUCAUGCCACCAACGACAACCCAAACGAUGUAACUGUUGACAGAGAUGUUCUCUCGCAAUGGGUUACCGGAUAUAAUCGUUUCCGACAACGGUUCGCAAUUCACCUCAAGCCAAUUUCAAGAAUUUUGCAAACGCCUAUCGAUCAAGCAUUUCCGCUCUCCACCUUACCACCCACAGUCAAAUGGACAAGCAGAAAGAUUUGUGGAUACAUUCAAGAGAGCUCUAAUGAAGUCGAAAGGGGAGGGGACGCCAGUAGAAACACUGCAGAAUUUCUUGUUUGUUUACCGAACAACACCUAGUGAUAUGCUACCACAGCAGAAGUCCCCGGCAGAGAUCCUGAUGGGAAGGAAAUUGAGGACGAUCCACAGUCUCAUGUGCCCAAGAACCACACCACCACCAUCUCAGACCAAAUCUCAGAAGCUUCCAGCGUACGAGGUUGGAUGCCCUGUGUUCGCUCGAGACUACAGAGCAAAUCAUGGUCCUUGGAUCGAAGCACGUGUGGUUGGAAGACUAGGCCAAGUUAUGUACAAGGUAAAGGUGGGAAGAGACACAUGGACUAGACACCGAAAUCAACUACGUAAGCGGAUAGCCCCAGACCACCCAUCAACAGGAGUAAAUCUUCCCCUCGAUAUCUUGCUUGAUACUUUCAACUUACCGACAACCCUACCACAAGAAAAACUUCAACAACGAGCUGAAACACGUCCCAGACGAUGGCCUAUAAGAGAACGGCGAGCUACAGUCAAGAUGCAGGUUGACCCCAGGAAAGCCCGCUAUUAAAAAGGGGAGGAGUGUUGAGGACGAUAGAUCCCCAAACUCAUAUUUUAAAUUUUAUCUUACCGAUCAUCUUAUCGAUUAAAUGUUAGAUAUUUUUAUUGGGGUCAAUUGAUGAACUAUCGAUUAAAUGCGCAAAUAGGUCAGUUGAUGAACUAUCGAUUAAAUGCGCAAAUAGGUCAAUUAAUGAACUCAUUGAUUAAUGUUUAAAAAUUUUCUAUGACAAUAUCGAUUGUAAAUAGUUGUAUAAAUACGCUUGACUUGUAUGCUUGAUCAGAUCUGCCUGCCUGACUUGGUAUCUGCUGUUGCUUGAAGAAUACACUUUCUACGCCUUACCAAGACUUCUUGAUCGAGUUAGCUGAGUCGAAGACAACGAACCAGAAUAGUCUAUUGAGUCUCUGAAUCCUGAGCCUUCGUUCCGUUCCGAAUAAGUCGAAUCAGUAGUAUCCUCAAGGUUAACGAACCUAACAGAUUUAAAAUAGCUUGUUAAUAUAUCAAUAAUUAUAGUUUGUCUCUCAUUGUAAAUACUGAAGUUAAGAUAUUUCUGGAUUCGUGAUAAAAUCAUAAAUAAUUUUAUGAAAAAUGCAACGUAUUUUAAAUAUUGUGAUUGACCAAUUACAAGCUCUUUAAAUAUUGCCCUUAGAUGCCGUGGUACGGUCAAGUGUAGGAAGAGUCAACUCUCCCUCAUAUGGUCGCGCGUAUAUAGCCACUGACAGGGAAGUCCUACUCACUUCAUUCUCGUGGCGGGGUGUUGUUCAAGAAAUUGAGAAAACGAAAAUCGGAUGAUCUGCACUUUCGUCGGGUUAGUGGAUAUGAGGAUCCACGUAGGGUUGUUGGAAAAUCCUGAUUCCAAACGAAUGGUGCACAUGGGUUCCAGGAUCGUGUGGGAACGAACAAAUGGCGUAUGGAGCAAUCGUUGGUCACCGGUUAGCAUGGACUUCAUUUCGUGACGUUGCUCCACUGCCUUGUGAAUCAGACCUUUAGGCCGAAGUCUCCGUGUGUGACCUCCUAAGAAAAUUACCUGUUUCGGUUUGGACAUCCAGUUAGUAUCACUGCCCACACACAAAUCAAGUGACUUGUGUGUCAAAUAUGUAUUCGUUGCCGCUUUGUACCAUUAUUCAUGUGUUCAAAUAAAAAAAUGAAUAAAUGUGUAAAUAUUAUGUAUUCGG